AUGCCAGUGAGGGAUCCUAGACUUAGAAUUGGAGGGAAGGUGACGGCAAAGGCUUGUCAUGUUGUGCAUCUGAGCGAGUGUGCACGGAGAUAUGGCGUCAACAAGCACUCCAAGCGGCUUGUUGGAACGGUUCUAGACGUCACGACCACCCCUGUAUCCAUUACAACUGGGCGUACCUCUACUUUGAUAACAGCAGUUUAUGAUUUUGGAGAGAGUUUGUUCAAGGAAAAAACACUGAACAUUCGGAGUGUAAAGGCAUUUGUACCGCCAGAAGAUGAAGGAAUGUCCUUAAUUGAGGAAUUAGCAGCAGAGGCUUUGCAGGCAGCAGAAGCAGACAUGGAAGCCGGAAACUUGAUGGAAGAAAGUGUCGAAGCCCCGGUAGCCAAAAUGGUUGAAACCCCGGCUGACAUAGAGCCCGAUACCUUGGUCGACACAGAGCCCAAUACCCCGGUUGACACAGAGCCCAAUAGCCCGGUAGCCGAAAUUGUCGAGACCCCGGUUGACACUGAUACCUCGUGCACCAAACAGAGUGGUAUGUGA